UCUCACAACAGUCCUUAGAAAAAAAUUGGAAGCUCAUUCGGGAUGAGGGGCUUGCUGUGAUGGAUAAAAAAAGCAGCCUUUUCUUGCCUGAAGAUGAGAAUCUACGCGAAAAAGGAGACUGGAGCCAGUUUACCCUAUGGCAACAAGGAAGAAAAAAUGAGAAUGCUUGUAAAAGUGUUUCGAAAACGUGUGCUUUAUUGGAAAGAUUCCCGGAAGCUACUGGCUGCAGAAGAGGGCAGAUCAAAUAUUCCAUCAUGCACCCAGGGACUCAUGUCUGGCCCCACACAGGGCCCACCAAUUGUCGGCUAAGGAUGCACUUGGGCUUGGUGAUACCUAAGGAAGGCUGCAGAAUUCGGUGUGCCCAAGAGAACAGGACCUGGGAAGAAGGAAAAGUUCUUAUUUUUGAUGACUCAUUUGAGCAUGAAGUAUGGCAGGAUGCUGAAAAUUAUCGCCUGAUAUUCAUUGUGGAUGUGUGGCACCCGGAGUUAACAGCACAACAGAGACGCACUCUUCCUGCUAUUUAAGGAGUUCCUUCUGAUGGGCAGAGCAGAGGAGCUUUAAUUGGAGUAUGCAGAUAGGAUUAAUGUAUCCAGCAUAUGAAGGGUACAAGUUUUGAUAGGAUUAGAAGAGAUAAGGGUGACAUACUGCAAUCACAGAGGACUUGAUUUUAAAAAAAA